CUCCCUAGUGGGCGUGGCAGUUGCCAGGCGACGGGAGGACGCGCCCAGCGCGCAGCGCCCAGUUCCCGCCUUGGGCUGGCGAUGGAGGUAGCGCGUCGCCGUGGCCGUUUCAGACGCUGAGGGGAAGAGUACAGCCCCUUCCUCAGACUCGGGCCGGGUUUCUGCGUUCUCCACAGCAGCCUCUGAGGCCGCCCCGGGAGCUUCAAGAUGGCCGAGGAGAAGGGUGAAAAGCUAGUGCUGGAAGAGACUGCCUUUGAGGAAAUUGAAAGAGAUUUCCAGAUGGUUCUUGGUGAACUCUCAGGAGAUAAAAGUCUGGACAAAUUUAGGAUUGAAUAUGAGAAACUUCAUGCUGUCCUGAAAAAGUCCUAUGACAAUGAGAAGCGUUUGAUGGCCAAGUGCAGAGAGCUCAAUGCAGAGAUUGUGGUUAAUUCCGCGAAGGUCGCCACUGCCCUGAAGGUCUCACAGGAUGAUCAGACCACCAUUGCGUACUUGAAGAAGGAAGUUGAAAAGGCCUGGAAGAUGGUGGACUCAGCCUAUGAUAAGGAGCAGAAGGCGGAGGAGACAAUUCUUGCCCUGAAAGAGGAAAUAGUGAACAUGACCAAGCUAGUUGAGCAAGGGUCUGGACUGACACUGGACCAGGAUAGCAAUAUCCGAGAUUUACUGAAGUUCAAAGAAGAAGUGACAAAGGAGCGAGACCAGCUCUUGUUAGAAGUAGUGAAGUUACGAGAGUCCUUAGCUCAGACCACUGGACAGCAACAGGAAAUGGAACGAUCGAAGGAAGAGGCAGAGCAAGCCAUCAGUCAGUUUCAACAAGAAAUCCAGCAACGUCAGAAUGAAGCUUCGCGGGAGUCUCGGAAGAAGGAGAAACUGGAGAAGGAGCUCAAACAGAUUCAGAUGGAUAUGGACACGAGGCAGACAGAGAUCAAAGCCCUUCAGCAGUAUGUGCAGAAGAGCAAGGAGGAACUUCAGCGGCUGGAGCAGCAGCUGAAGGAACAGAAGAUACUGAAUGAGCGAGCUGCAAAGGAACUCGAGCAGUUUCAGAUGAGAAAUUCGAAGCUUCAGCAAGAGAACGAACAGCACACUCUGGUUUGUGAGCAGUUAACCCAGGAGAACCAGCAGAAGGCGUUGGAGCUCAAAGCCAAAGAGGAAGAAGUCCAUCUCAUGCGCCUUGACAUUGCGAAGCUCAACAAAAUCAGAGAACAAAUCCAUAAAAAAUUGCACCAGAUUGAAGAUCAGAAGGCAGAAGUGGAACAGAACAAAGAAACCCUAAAAAAUCAGAUCCUGGGAUUAGAGCGAGAGUUGGAGACUUCAAAGAAACAAGCAGAACUCGAUAAGAAAGCACUGGAUGAGCUUCUGAGAGAAAGGGACAUAUUAAACAAGAAUAUGCUGAAGGCAGUCAGUGCCACCCAGAAGCAGAUAGACCUGGUGAAGCUCCACGAACAAGCCAAGAGGAAUCUGGAGGAGGAAAUCCAGAACUACAAGAACGAAGCUCAGAAGCAGAGAAAGAUCAUCUUUCAGCUGGAAAAGGAGCGGGAUCGGUACAUCAAUGAAGCAAGUGACCUCACACAAAAGGUUCUCAUGAACAUGGAAGACAUCAAAAUCCGUGAAAUGCAGAUCUUUGACUAUCGGAAAAAAAUAGCUGAAUCGGAGACCAAAUUAAAACAGCAACAGAACCUGUAUGAAGCUGUGAGGUCAGACAGGAAUCUGUAUAGCAAAAAUCUGGUUGAGGCCCAGGAUGAAAUCACAGAAAUGAAGAGAAAGUUAAAGAUUAUGACCCAUCAGGUAGAUCAGCUGAAGGAAGAAAUCUCUGCCAAAGACUCAGCACUUGCAAAAUUGAAUCUGGAGCAGCAGCGGAUAGAGAAAGAGAAGGAAACCUUGAAGGCUGAGCUGCAGAAGCUGAGACAACAAGCUCUGGAGACCAAACAAUUCAUUGAAAAGCAAGAAGGUGAAGAGAGGAAGCUCUUGCGGAUCAUUGCUGAGGCUGAUGGGGAGCGGUUGAGACAGAAGAAGGAAUUAGAUCAGGUCAUCAGUGAGAGAGAUAUCCUGGGGUCUCAGCUUGUUCGGCGCAAUGACGAAUUAGCAUUGCUCUAUGAGAAGAUCAAGAUUCAGCAGUCGGUCCUGAAUAAAGGAGAGAGCCAGUAUAGCCAGCGGGUGGAAGACAUGAGGAUCCUCAAGCUGGAGAUCAACAACCUUCGCAGGGAAAAGGGCAUUCUUGCUGGCACUGUGGCCAACGUUGACAAGCUCAGGCGGGAGCUUUUCCAUAUGCAGAAAGAAUUUUUGAAGGAGAGGACACGGUGCCGGGCCCUCGAGGAGGAGCUGCAGAACCCCAUGAACGUGCACAGAUGGAGGAAACUUGAGGCCAGUGACCCCAGUACCUUUGAGCUGAUACAGAAAAUUCACACCCUGCAGAAGCAUCUCAUCAGCAAGACUGAAGAGGUGGUUGAGAAAGAGCUGCUGCUGCAGGAAAAGGAGAAACUGUACGUGGAACUGAAGCAUAUUUUGGCUCGGCAGCCUGGCCCAGAGGCCGCAGAACAGCUGCAUAUCUACCGGCACACGCUGCGGGAGAAGACCAAGCAGUUGAAAGUUUUGUCUUCAGAAUUGAAUAUGUAUGAAUCACAGAGCCAAGAAUAUAAGUACGAGAUUGAGAAACUUACCAAUGAACUGAUGAAUUUAAAGAAGAAGUAUCUCGCUCAGAAACGGAAAGAGCUCAUUCAGAAAAACAGAGACAGGAUACAUGCGGACAGCACCUUCUCGAUGGCCAAGGCACCUGGCCCUCGCUUUACUGGGGGUGGAUUUCCCCUUGACAAGUUUUCCAAGGUGAAGUCUUAACUUGCAGCUGCUGGCUGGGUUUGGUUCAGCCAUUCAUGAACUUGCUUUGAACAUUUUGGAGGAAUCUCAUAAUUCUUUGGAUCACAAAUAUCUAGGAAAAUCAGGUGUUCAGAUUCCAGGAUGGGAAGAAAUGCCGAACUACCAUAGAUGUGAACCUGGAAGAGAGAUGAUGUUUUACCCUGUCCACAUGGAUAUCAAUGGAGUGUAAUUCUAUCUAUUCAUUUAGGCUGACCCAUUGCAUGAAGAAAAUCUUUUAUUUCCACUAAGUUGAUUGAUUUGAAAUGUGCCAGUUCCAGACACUCCUUAUGCAUUUUAAUUUGUCUGUUAUAGACAUUGGUGAACUUGAAGAUAUCAUCUUUAAAUAAUAUUUUUUGAAAUGCAAUUUAU